AUGGACCCGGGGUAUCAGGGAUGCCAGCUACUGGGCGCAACACGGCAGGUGGGAAGAGAAGCCCACGCGGACCAGAGCAUCAUCAUCCUCCACGCCAAGGUGGCCCAGAAGUCCUACGGCAACGAGAAACGGUUCUUCUGCCCUCCUCCAUGUGUUUAUAUCAGGGGUCAGGGAUGGAGGGUCAUGCAGGACCAUUUAAAAGCGGCUGGUUAUGGAGACUCGGUUUAUCGCACAUGCGGUUACAUGUGUCUGGACAGCUCCAGCCAGUCGCAGGCAGACACAUUCAAGCUGGUUUUUGACGAGCAGCCAAACUCCAGGCAGCUCUUUGCUUGUGCAAAGUCCCUCUUCAUCUCUGACCAGGACAAGAGGAAACACUUCAGCCUGGUUCUGAGACUCUUCUUGGGCAACACACAGGAAGUGGGAUCCUUCCAGAGCAAGAUGAUCAAAGUCAUCUCCAAACCCUCCCAGAAAAGACAGUCUAUGAAGAAUGCUGACUUGUGCAUCUCCUCCUGCUCCAAAGUGGCUUUGUUCAACCGCCUACGCUCACAGACGGUCAGCACUCGCUACCUCUCAGUGGACAGAGGAGCCUUCGUGGCCAGCGCCAGGCAGUGGACGGCCUUCACCAUCACCAUGGUGGAUGACCAGCGUGCUGACCAAGGGGGCUUUGUGCUGAGUGAAGCCUUCAUCUGUUACGGCUCUGUGGUCCAGUUAGUUUGUCCUGAGUCAGGAGUGGCUCUGCCACCCAUGGUGAUUCGGAAGGUCAACAAGCAGCACGCCAUCCUGGACGUGGACGAGCCAGUUUCUCAGCUGCACAAGUGUGCGUUCCAGUUCAGAGACGACCACAACGCUUUCCUGUGCCUCUCAAACGACGCCAUCGUGCAGCAUCAGGCCCCGCCCAGCGCCAGAGACCCCAGCAGAGUGGUGCUGAACGAUGGAUCCUGCUGGACCAUUAUCGGUGUCGAACAAGUGGAGUUCACCUUUAACCAGGGUCUGGCCUGCAUUCAGACACCAAUCAGCCCCUUUCCCGUUAUCACAGGCUUAGAGGUGAACGGGGGAGGACACGUUGCCAUGCUGGAGGUCGACGGAGAAAACUUCAGUCCUCAUCUCAAAGUCUGGUUCGGCAACAGCGAGGCUGAGACCAUGUUCAAGUCAGCCAGGUCGCUGCUGUGCGUGGUUCCGGACGUCACGGUUUUCUCCGACGGCUGGCGCUGCCUGCGGCGCCCCAUCACCGUUCCCCUUUCCCUGGUCAGGAUGGACAGCCUGAUAUAUCGGACACCCUUCAGUUUCACCUACACCCCGGAGCUCCACCUGCCUCCGGCCGCCCGGGGACCGGCCGGAGGCGCGAGAAGGGAGGGGGUGCCGGACGGCGUCCAGGAGGAUGAAGAGGACGUCCUCCUGGAGACCAUUCAUCAGGAAGCCAGGACGAUCACAUUUUUGGCCACGGCCGUGCUCACAGAGUCCCGAGUCGGCACAGAAAUCGACAUGUUGUAG